CUCCGCCCGGCUCCGGUGAGUCCGGAUGAAGGACGCGUGUCCGCGGCUGUGAACAAGACAAAGAUUCCGGAAGUGCUGCUGCUGCUGUGCGCGUGUCGGAGCUCCAGUCUGCUGUCUAUCCAUGGAUUACGUCAGGCUGCCGCUGGUCCUCGUCCUGGUUCUGGUUCUGGUUCCCCUCUGGUACCGCACCGGAGCAGCGGGGCUCCACGUGAGAGGAGAGCAGAAGCGGAACUGUUCCGCGGUGAAGCUGGGUCUCUCCGCGGUGAUCCGCCGGGUGGACCCGCGCUUCUUGUCCGUCACCAUCGAUGCCUCCCUGGCUACAGAGGAGAAGUUCAUGUCGCUGUUAGGCUCUGCAAAGAUCAGGACGCUGGCAAAAGCAUUAACGCCAUCUUUUCUGAGAUUUGGGGGGACGAGACAAGACUUCAUGGUGUUCGCCCCCCGGAGAUCUCACCGGGACGCUGCAGGUCUCACCGCCGAUGGGUCCUGUGAUGAUUUGGAGCUCCCCUCGUGGCUGGAGGACCGGCUGAAGAAGGACUGGACCCGACAGCAAGCGGUCCUGAUGAGAGAAGACCUGCACAGAAAGUACCGGCGAGUCAAGUUCACAGAGGACACUGUGGACCUGCUGCACUCGUUCUCCAGCUGCUCGGGGAUGGAUCUGAUCUUCGGGCUCAACGCUCUGCUCCGAAACGCAGACAACAGCUGGAACAGCAGCAACGCCCGCUCGCUGCUGCAGUACUGCGAGUCCCGAGGCUACCGCAUCAGCUGGGAGCUGGAGCAACGAUGCCUGUCAAUCCCUCUACACUCUGUGUCUGUCUUACUGUCUUCUCUACACUCUGUUGUCCCUGCUCUGUCCUCUACAGCUGUGUCUGUCCCUCUACACUCUGUGUCUGUGUUGUCCCUCUACACUCUGCUGUCCUCUACAGCUCUGUUUUCCCUCUAG